AUGGCCCACCCCGACGGACGACGAUUGAACUGUCCGCAGCUUCACAUUCGACUCGGAUGGCAAAUCAUUGAACGCGGUCCUGAUCAUGCACGGCACGGGAGGUCCAGCGACAACUUCCUCGAUGACAACUUCGCCGCCCAGGUCUUCAACCCGGGCCAGCUCAUGGAUGCCACGAGGUAUUUUAUCGUCAUGAGGGACGGCAUCGGCCAUGGCGAGUCCAGGAAGCCGAGCAGCGGUCUCCGAACCAAGUUCCCACGCUCCCGCUAUAGCGACAUGGUCCGCGCAGCUCACCGCCUGCUGACCGAUCACCUGGGCGUCAACCACCUGCGGUUGGUGAUGGGAACCUCGAUGGGCAGGAUGCACACCUGGCUCUGGGGAGAGAGGUACCCGUGUUUCAUGGACGCGCCCAUGCCUCUUGCGUCGCAGCCGGUACAGAUCUCGUGUCGCAAUAGGAUGUGGCGUAAGAUGAUCAUGGACCCUAUCUGA